CACCUGUUCCGACUUGGCAAGGCCGACUCAGCGCGGUGCUCCUGCGGCACAGACGACGAGACAGUGAUCCACUUCCUGCUUCGGUGCCCGAACUGGAAACGCGCGCGCGCCCCACUCCGACGAGCCUUCCCUCCUUCGAACCUGCAACUACGCACAUUGCUCAGCGACCCCAAUGCUCUACCGCACCUCUUCGACUACAUCAAAGCGACCGGCCGCUUCGCGGCCGGA